CGCCGAAAAAGUUGUUUCGCGAAUUUCGAGAAAUAAUAUGAAGAAGAAAAGUAGGAGAGAAGAUUCUGAACCGAGUGUUCAGGAAAAUAAAGAUUGCUCAUUUCAGAAUGGCAAAGAUUCGCCUGCAACAAAAUGUGACUUCUCGAAUCUAGACGAGUCGCAGUUGCAAGCAAAUAAGCAGAAGAAAGGAAAGUUUAUGGGAUUUUUAACUAAUUUAUUCCAUAAAUUUUUGUUGUGUUGUUGCAUUUCAGGCGAGAUUUCUGGUUCCGAAACUUACGAACCGGAAAAGAAACUCGCAGAUUCAAAGCAAGAACACGACCGUUUCGAUAAAGCCAAAUAUUAUAUUGGCAAGUACAAAAUUACUAAAGAAAUUGGACGUGGAAGUUUUGGGACUAUUUAUUUGGCUAAGACCAAAUAUUCUAGAAAGAAAAAGGCUUUAAAAGUCGUAAAGAAGAAAGUCUCUUCUUCUAAUCAGUUUGGUGAAAUCCGGAGAGAAACAAUCGUUUGGAAUUGCGUGUCCGCCCAUCCAAACAUUGUCAGAUUGAUUCGAUUCCUGCAAACUGACACAGCCUUUUGCUUUGUCUCGGAUUUUGUUGAGGGAGAAACUUUGGCCGAAUUUAUACAAAAGAAUGGCCCUAUAGCGGAGAGAAAAGCUAAAGUGUUUGCCGCUCAAGUGGCCUCUGCUAUUAUGUAUAUUCAUAGGAAUGGAAUAAUACACCGAGACAUUAGUUCAAACAACGUUAUGUUAGAUGUGUACAAAGGUGCACAAGUAAUUGAUUUCGGUCUAUCCACAUACGAACGAAAUCCAAGAGAUUAUUGUGGAACUUUAGCAUUUAUGUGUCCGGAAAUUCUCCAGAGGAAGCCUUACGAUUCCUAUUGUGACUGGUGGGCGUUCGCCAUCGUUUUAUUUCAAGCGUUGGUUGGAAGAACUCCUCUAGAGAUUUAUGUGAAAGAAGCUUUCCACAUUGAUAAUGUGUAUUUAUUGCCCCGUUACGACCGAAUAAGAAGUAAUGUAUCAAAAUUAUUAAUUGAAUAAUAAUAAUAGCAAUAUAAGAUAAUUAAUAUUAAAAUGCGUUUGCAGCUGCUUUAAAUGUGAAGGUGUCGUAUCCUCAUGCAUUAACGGAUGAUGCCAGACAUUUUAUUUAUGAUUUAUUGCAAAAGGUAAGAUUAUACUUAAUUGUACUUAACAAAUUCAGAUUUGUCUCUCCCCGUUUUAUGCACGAAAUGACAUUUAUUUACA